CUUCUUCACCCUGACACCAACUGUUUCGCUUCACUGCCCCGCCCGAGCAACCACGCAUUGAUCACACACGUCUCUUCUUUCCGCCACCACGAUCUCCGCCUCUAGAACAUGGCGGUCCUCGCUCUGCCAUUGAGCUUCACCAACUCUUUCUGGUCUCAGGAUUACCGACGCGGCCUUGAGGUGCUAUACUCCAAACUCGAGCAGGGAAUAGAGGAAAAUGACGAAAUCGUCACUUUCAUCCGGGCGCGUGCUGCUGCAGAACGUCAGCUCAGUGAAGCGUUGAUGCAUCCUAUGCUGACGGGAGCUGCUGGCAAGGGCUUCGGCAAGGAUGACGGCGCCUCGCUUCUCAUGGCGUUUCGGGGGCUGCAAUCGCAGUCUGUAGCUCAGGGGCAAACUCAUAGGGCUAUUGCAACUGACUUGGACGCGUUGGUUGCUGACCCUUUCGCACAAUGGGCUGUUGGAUAUCAGGAUCGUCUACGCCAAUCGCGCGCGUCUCUCAUCGAUCAAUAUUUACGAGCGUACGAACACGCACAAGGCGAAGUCUCCAAGUUGAAGCACAACUAUCUUGACAAAACACGGCGCGCCGACGAGGCCGAGGAUGACGCCAAGUUCGCGCCCAACAGCGUAGGUCGGGAUCCGUAUACGACAUCGCCGAGCACCCGUCCUGUCGAUGGCGGUCAUAGGAGUUCGCCAGUGCGCUCAGCCAGCGUUUCUGAACGCAUUGCUUCUCGUCUACGUGAAAUCCAGAAGCGGGCUGUCGCCUCUGCUGGUGCCGCCAGCGAAGAGAAGCAGGCGCCAUCCGAAUCCGAGACGAUUUUCGAGCACCAAGAGCAAGCUUCUCCGAAAGUCGACAAGGGAAAGGGCAAGGCUGUAGAGACUGACGAUGAGGGUGUGAUCGCUGCCUCUCCACCUCCGAUGUCUCCGCCUCUUCCUCCGAAAGUGGAAAUCCCCGUUUCUCCGAUGCCAGCGAUGCCCCCGCCCCCAAUGCUUCUCGCCGGGCUUUCAUUGCCCCCUUCUGCCAUCUCGCAGCUGUUGACGAAAGCAGCGGCCGAACUGCCCCUGAGACCGGUGCGCUUCCCCUUGUUGGGAGAGUAUCCGAACUGUUUCACUGGGGAGGAAUUUGUUGCUUGGUUGAACGAGAAUGUUCAAGGAUUCGGAGGGAGCCUGGAUCGCGCCGAAGAAGCUGCGAUGGAACUGACCGAGCGGGACAAGCUCCUUCGCCGUGUCGGAGAGUUUGGAAAUCAAUUCGAGCAUUCCGACGAGGCUUUUUAUCAGUUCAGGCCCAAGGCAUUUGAUCUGGAAGGCACAGACACGCAGCCGGCUCCCGCCACGCUGAGUUCCCCGAUCAAGACCCAAACCGACGCGUUGUUCAAGCGCACGAACACGUUUGUCAGCCUCGUAAGCAAGGCACUCUCGGCCCAGCAGGCAGAGCCAGCGUACGUUCGAGCACGAAAUGAGGCUGAAGAAGCCGAUCAUCUCUUCCGCGCCGGCACCCGCAAACUCGAUCGGCAACGUCUGGGAUUGGAAGAGAGAAUCGAAGACACUCUCAAAGUUCUGCAGCGAUGGGAAAUGGAACGGCUCCGGGCCGUGAAGACCGUCCUGCUCCAGUACCAUGCCACAUUGGCGAAUCUGCCCAAAGGCCUGGAGCAAACGAACGAGACUUCUGCCACGCUCAUUGCUGCAUACUUGCCGGAGUCGGACCUGAACGCCCUCAUUGAGCGCUAUCGGACCGGACCGUUCCGCCCUGAGGCACAAGUGUACGAGUCGGUGUCACACGUGGAGACGGAUGUUGUGUUCGGGAUCGAUCUGCGGCGCUGGGCUGAGGGCGGCUGGGAUGCGAUCAGCAGCGCCGAGCCUCGCAAGCAUGACAUCCCUCCGGUGGUCACCUCGCUCCUUGCUGCGUUGACCGAGGCGUACAGCAAGCUUCCCUCUGACAUGGAAAAGCGCAAGUCGUGGAUCUACGAAGUGCCGCUUCCGGCCGUACAUCAUCUGCGCGAGGCUUUGAACUCAGUCCCCAUGGACGCGAUUCCCCCAACCGACUUGUUCGCCCCAUACGACGCAGCAGUCAUCGCGGCCACAAUCAAGCUGUGGUUGCUUGAGCUCGACCCUCCGCUCGCGAUGUGGGAAGGUUGGGAUGAGAUCCGGAAACUGUAUCCCACUGUCGGGGCUGCAGCAAACAAGGACGAUAGUGAAGCCGCUGCUCAGCGGAUCACCGAUCUUGGCAUGGCACUGCAGCGACUGCCGCGUAUUCACUUGAAUGUCCUGGACGCCAUCGUGAGCCAUUUGCGCAACCUAAUCGACACGACCAGCGUCGAAGAAGCGGAAGAAGUGUACGUCACUAAGCUCGCACUAUCUGUUGGGCGCACCAUCCUUCACCCUAAAUUCGAGUCUGAAAUGUCCAUUCAAGACCGGCAUCCGACCUUGAUGUUCAUGGAUCUCGUCAAGAACUAUGCGGCCAUCAUUCCACCUACCAUUGCUCGGAAGAAGCGAGAGUCAGAACGCAAGAUCCCAAUCCGGAAACGGACUGCGCCGAUUGACAUGCGCCUGAGCCGAAGCCGAAUUUCUAUUGGUGCCGACGCUCAGCAGCUGCUGGCGGCCCAGCAGGUUGCACAGAAUCCUUCUCUUCACAGGGCGUCUCGGUCAAUUGACUCCAGAUCUCCUGCUCCUCCAGUCCCGCCCGUUCUGAAAGAGGAAGCUCCAGCCCCGUCAUCGCAGCCCCAGCCACUGACACCGCCUCCGCCGCCGCCUUUGACCGCCGCACAGCCGCUUGAGGUGCCGCCCCCGCCGCCACUGCCUGUUGCGCCAACGCCGUCUGUGGUGCCUCCACCGCCGCCUCCGAGCACAUUCGUUGCUCCGCCGCCGCCGCCUCCGAUGCCGGCGUUCAAAGAACCGCCGCCUGAAUCUGAGGACGAAGCGCCGCCGCCUCCCCGCCCGGCAUUCAAGGAGCCACCGGCCGAGCCCGCGUCACCGACGACUGUUGCGCACCGCCAGGUCGGCGGCAGCCAGAGCACAUCACGAAGCGGCUCACCGGCUCCGGAACAUACCGAAGGCAUUGUGGCUGGAGCACGUGCGUCUCUUUCUCGGUCCGGCUCGGGGCAGGCUGUGAAGGGCCCCCGGGCUGCUGCGACCCGCUCAGCUCGUCCUACAAGUGGGAAUGUGUCUAACAUCAUAUCAAGUUUGAACAGGAAAAACUCGAUCGGCUCACCUCCGGCCAGCCCCCACUACAAGCGGGUGCCGGGCAGCCCGGGGCGGCCGUCGAGCGUUCUGGGCCGGCAGUCCACAUUCUCGACGCGAACGAUGGAGUCAGACGCGGAGGACAAUCUUGUGGAUAAGAAAUAGGUAUUCAGAUCAAGUAAUUAUGGACAUGUGGUACCACAAUGCACUGGUUGCGCGCAUCUUGCACACAGCUCCAUCCUGCACUCCGGACAUUCGUAGUGCGUUGAGGGGAUGUCUGCGCUGCGAAACACAACGGGACACCCGAAUGGACAAAAAUGCAGGUCGUCCUGGGAUCGGACGAGACUGAGCAGGGACCCCUCGAAGGCUCGCUCGCAUUCUUCGGGGGGCAGACACGCUACUAUCAGGGACAGCGGGAUCUCCGCUGAACAGUCGCAGCAGUAGGGCGCGAAAUCGCACGCCGGCGACAGGAGAAUGUCCAGGCAACCAGAGCAGUAGCGAUGUCCACAGGGAAGCUCCACAGGGUGGGUCGGAUCAGUGCGACACAGCAUGCAGUCGCCCGGCGGGAGCGACUCUCGAAGCCCCCAGCUGAGCACUGCGGCACUGACCUCGUCUCGCAUUUUCUGCUCGCCCAAUACGGUCAGCGUCUUGGAGCGAAUAUCGCACGUGAUCUUCGUAGAACCGCACUGGGCCUGCAGGCUCUGCAGGCCCCCUCCUCCUGUCGCAAGGUGGGAGAUCACAUCAGAUAUGUCGAGUACGCAUCGCUGCUCGUUCACGGUCUUCAGCAGCUUUGCAAUCUGCGCCUCGGCUUUUGACCGGUCUCCCCAGAUGCGAAGGACGCGACAGCGUCUGUCACAGCGAAUGAAAACGGCUGGAUCUUUGUCGUUCAGCCGCUGGAGAGGCCCGUCGCUGCUUGCCAUCGAAAAAUACGGAUCCGGAAAGGGAAUCUCUGCCCCCAAAACGAGUGCUUGGACCGUUUCCCGCAGCUUGGCUGCGUCCGCAGAAUCUCGAUGGAACAGAAGCACGGUCCGUGUCUCGUCGUAACAGCGAACAUUGUUGCCCAGGUCGCAGCCGUUUACGGCAUCCCGGAUGAGCCCGAAAGGAAAAUGGCUCUCGGGCAGUGUGUAUCUGGAAAAGAAGACGGCCUGAGUUUUGAUAUCACGGUCACCCAAGAACGGGUGUUUUCUGCCCUUCAAGUAGGCCGUAGCUUUUGCGAUCGUGGAGGGAGAAAGAAACUCGGCGAAUGCCGUGACUUUGCUCUCGGAUGGCAAAGUUGGCAUGAGCUCAAACAAGGUGACAACCCCCAGCUGUUCAAGAAGUGUGCGGAUGUCGUGCUCGGGAGAUUGCGUGUAGUUUGGCUCGCUCGGGUUGAUCGAGGUAGGACCUGUGUGUUCGCAGAUUGAGGUGAGCUCCUCCCGGGAGACUUGCGCAGGAAGAUUCUCGAGCAGAACAGGCACGCGGUCCUGCUGACCACGCGACUGGGAGCGGUAUUUAGCGACGAUCUUGCGCUCUCCAACGGUCAAUCCAUCCAGCGCAGCCGCCGCUUCCUUCGCCUUGGAGACUGUCCGGUAAAAGGCCCAUGCGAUGGUACUCGGUGCAUCCCAUACAAGUUUCAGAUGCCGCGGUGUUCCUGGCUCGUGCACUGAGCCCCCCAGUUUCCCAUCGCAUUCAAGUUCGGCAGCUACGAUCUUGUCCUCAAUCACCAAGCCGUUGAGAUGGGCUCUUGCGGUCAACGCUUGCUGUGCAUUCUCCAGGUCAAAAUACGCAUUCAGGCGCCCUCCAACAAGUCGGAUAACACGAUUCGUGAUCGUACCGUGGGGUUCAACAAAUGCAGCCAAGUCAUCCACGUUGGUGCCGGAGGGAAAGUGGGACAAAACGACAGUCCUGGAUUCAAAGGCCGUAUUUUGGAUGUGGGCGCUCGCCCCGGGUCCGAAUUCGACGGAACAGUUGUAAAUCGUCCGCAGAGCAACCGAUUCCAUCGUUUCUUCUCCUGCCGACAACGAUUUACUCACAACAGGCUUUUCAUAGAUCAGUCGGCUUCUGGAAGAACAUGGAUGUGCGGCGUACUUGCACAGGCUCUGGCUCUGUGUUUCGAUCGUGUCUAUGUCGGCAUCUGUCGCCCUCUUUGCAAUAUCCUUGCCCGAAGAAUAUGCAAUGUCUUCGGCUCUUGAUGAUGCUGACAGGCGGUUCCUCCGGCCAAGGUGUUUCCCAGGAUUUCUCAGCUCCCUUGCUGUCUCCUUCAGUCGCCCAUGUUGAUGCAGUAUCACCCCAUCCCCCACUCUGGUCGUUCUCCUGUUCCCACCAAGAUCCCGACGCGAUCUCUUCUGUGUUGGAUUCUUGGCUUUGCAGCGCCUCCGCGUCGUGGCUAAAGCGGCACUCGUUACCGAAGGGGCACACUUCACCGCGCAUGAAAGCCCGACAGACUUCAUUUGUCGGAUCUCCGUGAAGAAACAGGCAUUUCUUCCCCCGACCGCAAUGACCGGCUGCGAAGAAUUUGCACUGAGUCUUGCGCGGGUCGUUUUCAGAGGCUUCGGAUGCAGCACCGAGGUCGUGGGAGAAUGGACAGGCGUCGCCUUUCAAGCAGUUCCCGCUGGGAAACCAUAAGCAGCGUUGAAGCUUAGGCUCAGGGUCCGUUUCGUGUUUGAACCGACAGUGAGUGCCACUGGUGCAUGCCCCCUGCAAGAAAAAUUUGCACGGGGCUCGCGGAUCUGGCAUGGUAUCUGUUGAUGGACCAUCUGGCGCGUCAGCAGCCUCCAGAAAAGCAGACUCGACCUCAGGCGCAGGUUCUGAAGACGGGACUGUCUCUUGUUGCCAGAUAUCGUCCACUGUGUUCUCAAGAGGAGCUGUAAGCGUUGGAGAAUGUCGAGCAGCGUCGAGACGUUCAUUCGCAUCAGGAGAUGGCCCCGAUACAGGGCCAUUGAGGUCAUCUCCUCCAUCUUGCGCAGACUCAGUCCCUCUGCCCAGAUCCUGCGAGUCUUCCUCGGUCUUGAUCUCUGGAGUACCAUCUGAUUCUGGUUUCGUCUGGGAUCCGGAGGCCACAUCCGCAGCACUGCUCGACAUCGAUGGCUCGGCUAGGGAUACAGUAGUUCAUCUCAACCGGGCCCGAUUCGUGAUGCGAAAACAUCUACCAUGCGAAUACGGACAAUGUUCGCCCUUGGUGCAUCGGUUCUGGCGAUGGAAGUGACAGACCUUGAUGGACACUGAGGAUUUUCUCUGCUUCGCCUGCACGACAGGAAUUCCAUUUGGCGCGUGUAUCUGGACGGGAUCGCUGACCAAAGGUUGUUGAUGAAAGGUCAUGGGGCAAGUGCGACUGUGGAUACAUCCGCUGUCAUUGCACAUCGAGACAAUGAACAGACCGGGGCGCAGAGCGCCCUGCAGAGAGAAGGGAAAAGGGAACUGGAACGCCAUCCUCUGACGCAGUGCUAGGGAGAUUGAUUCAAGGUGGCGAGAGACGCGUCAACGGGCUCAGCGUCUGAGGUGAGAGUUCUGCGCCUCUUGUUGGACGUUGCUUGUAUGCCACGUGCCUAAUUAACUUAGUGACAUUGAU